UCUUAUUUUAAAUGGGCUUUAUGCAAGUUUUAUGUCCCCAACGUUACAUGGAGGUAUAAAAUAAUUUACCUGUACCGUUGAUGCAUCGGCCUUUUUUAUCUUUUUAUUAAUGAUCCACUAUAAUGUCACUAACCUGCAUCCAGACCCUGUUUCUUAUAGCGACUAUCUUAUAGCGUUCAACCUGUUAAAGCCUCAGAUUUAUACAGUUUUAGCGGGGACGUGGCGAGAGAGUGUUUCCUAAUACACGGGCAACAAGGGGUAGAAUAAGCACUAGAAACCGAUCCAUGCCUGGGAAUUAACGGGAACGAGUCCCGCUGGACAAGGGCUUCUGGGGAAUGAUUUUUGGAUCAUGAGUUUGGCAUAAGAGUUCUCGUUGCAAAGAGUCUGUGUGUAACAAGGGGGUUUUUCCUUUCCACCAAACCCCUUGUCACUAUCAAGGAUCUCAUACUCUAUCUACGAUUCCACUCCCCCUUAUUCGAUCUUGACCAUUGGACUCUUUUAUAUACUCGUAAACCCACUGAAUACCUUCGUCUGGCAUGAAGUAGACGACACGCAACUCUUCACAACAAAUCAACGAUGGCGGACGUAAUACCCUAUCUCCCACCAGACCAGCAACAGGCGGCUCUUAAUUCGCCAGCCUUACCAGCCCCGGAUGGCGUUGUACCUAACUUCGACCACCCUGGGAAUAACAACUCUCUGGCCUACGGUGUCAUCGGCGCCUGCGCCGCCGUUUCGAGCCUUUGCAUGAUAAUUCGGUUCUAUGCGAGAAUUUUCCUAUUCAAGAACUUAAAGAUGGAAGAUUAUAUGAUUUUACUUGCUUUUGUUUUCUUCAUAUUAUGGACAAUUUUCGGGCUCCGACUGACAGAACACCCUGGAUACUUUGUUCAUCAAUGGGAAAUCCACGUUAAGGAUAUGAUUCCCUACUCGUUUGAUGUGCACUAUGCUGCUAUUGCCUAUGCGAUAACGAUUCCGUUUAUUAAGAUGGCGAUUUUGUUCGAGUGGACGCGAGUACUUGUUCCCGCCGGUACGCGAAAUACGUUUAUGUGGUGCUGUUAUGCGCUCAUUGGAUUAAAUAUCGCGCUUUUGAUCUCGAUGCCUAUCGCAUUAUCCCUGAUUUGCUUCCCGUACGAGAAGAUUUGGGAUUUGACGCUCCCAGGAACUUGCAACAACCAGUUUCUUAUCGGUCUUGCGUCUGCUUCAAUUAAUCUCUUCAUCGACGUUGUCAUGUUGAUUCUUCCUCAGCGAGUUAUCUGGAACUUGCAGUUAUCGCUCAAGAAGAAGCUUGGUGUUUCUUUCUUCUUUUCCCUUGGUAUCCUGGCUUGUAUUUCGGCCAUCUUCCGAGUAUCGACGCAAGUGGCUAUUGUAUCCCAGGCCGACGCCAUGUACCAAUUCGCACCAGUGAUGUUUUGGGCUUUUGCAGAACUCACAUGCGGUUUCAUCAUCGCAUGCAUGCCUUCGACUCCAAAGAUUUUAAAAGACCACGGCGUUCUCGACAAAAUGCGCCGGGCGAUGAGGUCGGUCGUGGGGUUAAAAAAUACCAACCUGCGGAGUUUGAAUAAGCCCACCGUGUCAUCGACCAUGGAUCACACCCACACCCACACGAAUACAUACAGGAAGAUUGACGAGUAUGGUGUACCGUUGAAGGACCUCCAGCCAUCGGAGUCGACGGAACAGCUCAGAGAGGACAAGUUUGAUCAGGGCAUCCUACGCACCACUCGCGUAACUGUGAAGCAGGAGUAUGUGAGUGAUGCGAAGGGUAACGCCAUGGAUCACGGUGCCCUCUGGCACGGGGACAGAGUAUAAUACGUAAUAUUCGUGCUGGCCAUGAUGGGGUACGAUUCAUCGGGAAAAGGUUAGCAGGCGCCUCAUGUUGAAUUUCUUGUAUAUCAGCGCGUUCGGUUAUGAAAAAGCAAAAAUUAAUGCAUAUUAGAAUACGGUUCGUCAAAACUGACUGAGGUCAUCCUUUAUAUGUAAUUAUCAAGAUAGGCCGCGAAGAGUUGACCCAUAGUUGGGUUCUCACUAAAAGAUCUACUGUUAAAUAGUAACAUUUCCCCAGACUAGUAGCUGGGAUGUAAAUAAAUGAGUUAUAGCUUACCUAAAGUAAUUGUACCUUGUGAUUGAUAUUGAUUUCUAUUUGUUGUAUGAUACCAGUGGCUUGUUACUACGUACGUUGAGAGGCAAGAAGUGAUAUACUCCAUUGGCGUUUAUAUCGUGACCAAAUUUCCUCAUUUCGAUUCUGGAUUUGGAAAGACAUGCAUACAUGGCGAGCUUAGUUAGGUACUCCGUCAGCAUAUUUAUA